AUGGCCACUCACUCACGCCGAAGAUUCCGAAUAACCGGCCUAAAGACUCCCAACCCAAAUCUACCACCAUGCGAUCCGUCUCUAUGGAUCGUCUUUUAUAGCAAGGCGCCCUCCAUCGACCAACUUCCGACUUCUCGCAUUCCCGUUUCUCCCCAGACACAGAACAUACUUGGCCAGCGUCGCUACAUUCAGAGUCAAGGCCAGCUUGCCAGGAAGGAAUUCAUGCUGCAUGACAGGAAUAACUGGCCCACCAUCAACUUACCGCCUCAUGGACAGCAGCAACAGCCUUACCCCCAGCCCUACGCUGCGCAAAUGAUAGCCCGUCAGCAGGUUCCGCACCCACCCAUGCAGCAGCAACAAGUCGUUGGAUAUCCUCCUGGUGUCGUCCCGCCCAAGGCCCAACGCACUCAGCGAUUACCUACCGCCGCGGCCCCUGCCGUCCCAGACUUCUCUCUGGAUGACGAGGAGGUGUCGACAGGAGACAUUCUCGAUGCACUUACGCCCAGAGAUAUCAGUCGCAUGCGUUACAAGAAUCAUCACGAAUGGAUGGAAGAAGUCUUGGCUUCACCGUAUCGAAUGGACCAGAUACUCCCUGUCGACCUUGGACUCGGUCGCAAGGGUGAGCUAGAGAGCUUGACCAAGGGUUAUUUCUACGCUCCUGGCGCGCUGGCAUCCCAGCGAAAAGAAGGUGACGGGCCACCACCAGCAACUGGCAAGAUGGACCCUGGGAAGGCAGAAGAAUUUGCCAACUCUGUUGCUAAACGGCUUGCAGAGAUGAAUGCUGAGAUGGAGACCAUGAGAAAGAAACAUGCUCGCAAACUGGAAAAGACGAAGAAACUUUCAGCCUUGAGAGAAGCAGAGUUAAACCUACGAGAUGCAGUCAUUGAUCCGUCAGACACUGGGGAUGAAAUCUGGAGGGUUGAGGGACGACUGCGCCUUGAGCAAGAGGAAGGCAUGUCACCAGUUGACUACAGCGAUAAAUCCCUGAAGAAGAAGGUAGACGAUAUUGUCGACGGACUACAAGCCAGCUGGGGGAGGACUGUUGUUCCGGUCACAGAUAUCAAGUGUGUGGAGAAAGGAGGCCUACAGGAGCGGGUGCAACCUCCACCACCACCUCCUCAGCCCGCCAUAUCAGAUGCCAACAUGAUUAACACAUUACAUUAUUCGCAGUACGACGGAGCAACCGACGGCGGCGUUGAAACGGCGCCUGGAGUCUCUGCUCCUGCACAGGGGGUACCUACAUCCGCGCCCUCGCAGCCGAUGCUAUCAUCAGCGGCACCACCACAACCCGUAACCACGGCUCCGCAAACUAGCGAAGACGUUGUCAUGGGUGGUGUUGAGCCUUCAACGCAAUCACAUGCGACACCGGGACAGCCAGCAGCAGCUGAAGGGGAUGGAGACUGGGUAAUGGUAAAUAAAGAUGGCCAGGCGUCCUCGGCGUCACCCUCCAAGGACCUCAGUUCUACCGUGGAUGAAAACACACAGCAGCCUACCUCCACUGCUGGAGCACCUAGCACAACUACUGCUGGGGGAACAACUGCUACUGUGCCCGCUGUAGAAGCCACUGUACCAGGAACCACUCCUGGGGCCACAGGCGAGUUUGAAGAUGAGAACAUCAAUACUGCCGGAGAAGCACUGGCUGACUACCAUGGAGAUGUAGGCGGUCUUGAUAUGGGCGGCAUAGAUGACUCUGCCUUUGGAGAUGCCUUCCAUGCCACUGAAGGGAACAUCGGGGAGCAUCAUCAUGAGACAGAUGAGAUCGCGUAG